GGGGGGCAGCCUCUAGACCCAGAAUUGUCCUAUGUGGGGUGUUUUUUGUGCUGACUGUAAAACCAGUGAUGUAUCUGUAUUCUCCAGGUGUGAACAAUGUACUGACUGGACCAUUGUAUAUGCUUGAGCCAUUUUUUGUUUACUAGUUGAAGUCAGGUGAUGUUGUAUUUGCUCCAAAAAGAGUUUUAUUAGCUGAAAGCUGGAUGGAAAAUAUCUGCAACACAGUUUGCAUGGACAGCUCAGAUUUAACUCUUACAAACAGGAAUCCUAAUGGUGUCAGACUACCUUUCAACUGGUGAAUGGAGAUGGAUGAUGAUCUUGAGAGCUUUCUGGAGGAACAGAGGGCUAAAGUGGCUGAAGACAAGGCCAGUCUGGAGCAGGACCCUCCCUAUAUGGAGAUACGGACCAGGCCUCAGAGUGAGCGUGACUCCACUGGGAAAGAGAACAUCCCAUUGGCCCCUGGGCCACGUCACAGCCAAUCAAAAGGUACAGCUAGAGAAGAAGGCCCCGGUCUGAGUUUGCCCCUGGGGGAGGAGUAUGAGCGGAAGAAGCAGAGGCUUCAGCAGGAGCUGCGUCUGGAUUACAGACGCUACAUGGCUCAGGUCAAACCAGCUAAGAUGCGGGGACCCAGCCGUGCCUCCAGAACUGCUCCAGAACAUUCUGAGGUUCCCUUCAACCCAAAACCAGAAGUACUUCAAGAGUGUCGGCCUAAGAGAGACGCGGCCACUUCAACAGAGGAGGUGCCUUGGCCAUCCAGAGGUCAGGGGACGGAGGCGGAGACUGACCGGGGAAGCAGGUCGAGGGAUGUAGGAGUGGACUCUGGGCUGGACUGCUCCAGCGAGGAGGUGGACCUCCUGGAUUGGGACCGGGAUGGCAGGAGACGCAUCAGGCGCCAACAGGAGCUUAGAAGUUCAGACAGAAGACGGCAGCAGAAAUACUAUGGAAUAGACAGACUGCUCAGGCAGAAGAGGGUGGUGGAGCCCCCUGCAGUCCCGGAGGACUAUAGACACAGAAGACAAGGGACCGCGAUACCCAGGGUACAGACACUGGUCCCAGUUCGGUCCAGAUUAGGUCUCGAUGAUGACAGGCUACAGUACCCCUCUGGAUUAAUGAUCGGCCACCAGGAGGCUGCAGCAGAGCAACGGAGGAGGAAGGAGCACUACCGGCAGGAGCUGGAGGAGCAGAUUGCCCAGCAGAGGAAGAACAGAAGGAGGGAGAAGGACCUGGAGCUCGAUGUAGCCGCUACUGGGGCCACCGACCCUGAGAAACAGCCGGGUCGAAUUCCGCAGCUCUGGACCAUGGGGGGCGGGGCUGUGCUGCAGCGGCCCUGGGAGGGGGCGGAGGGUCCCCGCUGGGGAAGCAGCCUGAGGAGGUCCCCCUGCAGUCCGCUCCUGGAUAAGAUGCCCCCGGAACGGCCACGCGUCGCCUUUCCUUCCCCCCUGCUGGGGGCGCUAGAGUCCAUCGGGGACAACAGGCUCUCUCCGGUGAAAGAGACCUUCAGCAGGGGUGUCUGGAGUGCGAUGAGGGACGAGGCCCUCCACAGUGUCCCUCCUCCCCAGCCAUCCACAUUGACUGAUGUCUACAGGACCUUGAGUGAGCAGGCCUGUUUCUGCCAGGGGUCCAGGAAGGCCCAGCGGCCCAGCUCGGCCCACUGGGGAGAGCCAGACUUUCCUGUCUUUGCCCCAUCCCAGGACUGCUGUCCGUCCCCAUCACGGACACAGCGAGCCAGCCAGUUAACGCCAGGGAUGACAGCCACACCUAUGGAGAGACCCACGCUGACCUACCAAGAGGCCCUGAAGAAGCAGAUCCAGGAAAGGCAGGAACGCCGGAGAAAGGAGCUGCAAGAGAAGGAGCAGUACGAAGCCAGGCUGGAGAGGGAAGCUUACACCCCCUGGGGGCGGGGAGGUGGCGGUGCACCCCUCAGAGAUCAUCUGGGCAACCUCAUCACUGACCUGAACCAGAUGCACAAGUCCAACCAGGUGGCAUACCUACACCCCGAAUCACUGGGCCGUCGUGGGAUGGGGCCCCUGGACAGGAAGAGUGAAGCAAACCCCUCUGACCUCAGGGUCCCAGGUACUCGUCCCCCGCACGGCCCCUCUGACCUCAGGGUCCCAGAUGGUGCAUUGGCUGAUGCGUCUUCAGCGCCCCCUGGUGGCGCCUCAGUAGGACUGUCCACACCCUCGCCAGCUCACCAGCAAGACAGCUAUAAGGACUACCUGAAACAGCAGAUUGAGGAGAAGCGCCGACGCCAGGCUGAGGAGCGAGUGCGGCUGAGGGUGGAGGAGGAGAUGGAGGAGCGGAGGCUGGAGGAGCAGAGGGCGCAGAUCCGGCGGGAGUAUGAGGAGGAGCAGGAGAAAAGGAGGAGGAAGGAGAUGGAGCAAAGGGCCAAAAAUGAGGAGCUGUUCCGGCAGGCAGAGGUGCGGCGGCGGGAGGAGCAGCACACAAAGCAGGAGCGUGAGAACCGGGAGAGCGAGAGCCAGAGGAGGCAGUACGAGAUGGAGCGGCGGGCCCGGCUGGAGGAGGUGCCCAGAGAGCCCUCUCCGCCAAUCCCCACCCUGCAGAAGAGACCCACCUCCCAGUACAAGCCACGCCCUCCGAGCAACAGUGGACAUCCUGCGCCUCUGCAGCCUGAACACCAGCUCUCUGGAUCCCAGUCCCCACCCGUUCCUGCCAGGAGGAACCAGCUGAGGGCCGCAGAAGAGAGACGGGGCAUCCUCAGCGAGCUGUCUGCUUUGCGCAGACAGCUGCGCAGUGAACAGCGACGCCUGGAGGAGCAGCUGCUGCAGGUGGACAUGGAGGAGCUGGACACGCCCCCGAGUGUCGGAAGCAGGGAGCGCCCCCUGCUGGAUGUGUUUGACAUGGCCAGACUGCGCCUCCAGGCACCGGUCAAGAGACCCUCAACUAAGACUGAAGAAUCAAUUAACAUCCAGAACAGCCCCGGGCUCGGCCAAUCCAGAAACAGAGGUGCGGGCCAGCUGUCAGAUCCGGCCCGGCAGACCCACGGCUCUCGGACAAACCGCAUGGAGCGUCCGGAGAGGAGUUCGCUCCUGGAAUCGGAGAGCUCGUUUAUUGGUCCAGGCGGCCAGGCGAUCUCGGUCCCGCCAGACACCCAACUCCUCUCAGCACGGGAGCGACGGAGGAUGGCGCGGAAGACAGACUUCCACAAUGAGACGAGAUCCAGAGGGAGCAGGCAGCCCACGGAACGAACCAACAGUUCCUGCAUGCGCUCUGAAGCCGGCUUGAUUGGCGGCGAGACUUGGAUGAGACCCAGUACCUCGGAUACGCUGAAGAGUUUGCUGACGGAUCAGGAUCAAGGGGAGAGCCCAGCAGGAAGGGCCCUGGGGCCUACCUGGGAGGGCCCAUCCACCUACCACGGCUAAUCGCACCUCACCCCUGCACGACCUGUCCGCACACUCAUCCCAGCCUCAGGCCGUGCUUGGAUCUUCCCAUGAAGGGAGUAUUGCAAGUUCCAGCACCUUAAAACUGGCUCAGACACCCCAGCGAAAAUGUUCACUACCUCUCGUUCAUUUUAAAGAAUGCUGGAUCAGUACUGUCGUAACCCCCAGCUGAAGAAAAUCUUGAAGGAUAGAUAAAUAUUUGAAGGUGCUCCGAUGGUUUUAACAAAAGUUUUUAGUGAACGUCAAGACAAUCAAGAGCAUGAAGGAGAUUCUGCAGAAGACGGGCGUAUGAGAAACAUUAUUACCCACAAUGCUACCUUGUACUGAGGCUGGAGCUCUGUGCCAAAGGUUAAACUGUAGUUAGAUCAUCUGUCCAGCAGGAGGCACUAAGCCUCAUGCUGCAGUUUUACUUUCUUUUAUCCUCCAGUGGCCUGUACUACGAAGCAGGGUUACUGGCUUAUCGGGGGUAACUUGUCGGAUUUAAGGUAGUCUGGGCAAAAUGUAAGUGAACGAAGUCCAUUUAAACUGUGGUUCCUUAAAUCCGACAAGUUACCCGGACAAGCCAGUAACCCCACUUCGUAGUACAGGCCACUGCUCUGAAAAGCCGUACUGUUAAGUGGCCUGAGCGUAGACGCGGGCCUGAGGUUUCUGUCUGGUGCAGAUGUGGAGGCCGAUGAGAUCAAUGGAUGAAAAACGGGUAGAUAGUGCAGUAUUUUUUCAAGAACAUUUGGUUAUUAUGGUUAUUUGGUCUCAAAUCCAAAGAUGCUGUAUUUGGUAACGUAGUUUUUCCAUAUGCACCCUUUUAGGUGUAUAGUUUGAAAUUUUAGCAUAAUUUGUUUUCUCCAUAGAAUAUUUGACUAAAAAUAUUUUAACACAGUGUUUUGAUGCUCGUUUAUCAUACUCUGGCUUUGUCUCCCCGCACUACGUCUUUACCAACCCAUUACUGCUGCACUCAGCUAAAUUAGCUAGAUUGAAAGAUUACUUCCCCAAGAGCUUGUAACGCCCGUUUGGACCGGGUCAGCCCCACAAAGGCGCAGCUCUGUCGUUUUCCUUCGCCUGACCUUCACGGGUCGUCGCCUAUCCCACUGAGUGACGCAGUAUCGUUACAAAACUGAGCAAGGUUAGGAGCCACAGGAUAAACAAUAGUAAUGGCAUAAGUGAGGUUUUAUAUCCCACAGCGUGUGACAUGCUGUGUGAUGUCGACCACAGGGUUUAACCCAACAGGAAGAGCCAGUAUGCACUAAUUCCGCCCACUGACUUCUGUUAUUACUCAAUUAACGCAGAACACCAUGCAAUAUUGAGUAUGGUCCAAAAUGCAAGUUAAAAUGUUCCCCCGCAGCACAUAACUAUAUUGCAUCUUUUAAUAUGAUUUUGGCUGCACGCUGAGUCAGCUAUGUUCAUUAUUUAGGCUUACUUUUGCUGCUACAAUUGGCAGACCAAGAACGCACCUCAUUCACCCCAGAUCUCAAACUGCAGGUACGCUAAGCGUGAUCCCAGCUCUGCGGGUCAGUGAGGUCAACGGGGCCGCAUGAAAUCUAUACUUUAGAUCAAAACACCAUGUCUGUUGUGUUUAAAUGUGAUUUCCUAAAUGAUUCAACUGGAAAAAGGGUGAAAACUCCAGAAGGCAAUUGUCUUCCACAAAAUGUAUUAAAGGAGUAAUUCCAGACAUUCUCCUGAUGGAUGUUACAUCUCACUCGGUGUGAAGAAGCAGAACAUUUACUUCCUCACAUUAACGGCAGCCUUCAAACUACUAAGUAAGACACUACGUCAUAAUCUUCUCAGUACGAAUGUCUUUGGUAAAAAAGAUAAUAUUCUGGUAUAAGUAUCCCAGCCAAUAAACGGAUAUUUUCUUA